CUUGUGAUUGUGUUGUGCGUGGAGACGCGCAAUGCUGUGCCACUCAUGUCUGAAAAUGGUGCUAUGGAUGCCUUGCAUCCUGUGAUGUGAUUGACCGAUGAAAGGAUUAACAGUGUUGAAGUAAUUAACGUGCGAACUGAAAUCGAUGAAUCAGUCUACCACAGACGGGGUUUAUGUACUCAAUUUAUGUACAUAUGCUAGAUUACUUCCGGCCGCCGUUGAAUCAGCAUUUUUCGCGCCAAUGAGUGAGUCACUGGUUGGAGCGACCUUUCCUCAUACUCACGGAUAUUUCUCAUCUCGAUGGCGUGGUUCUGCCAAGAUUUCUUUUAGUUUAAACUCUUUCAAUUCUACUUUAUCAAAUUACCAGUAAAUUACAAAUUAAGCAAAUUAUUCGUAGAUGGUCGAUGGUUUCAUGUUUGAUGCUGCAUUUUGCUAUGCAUUUUUUGCUAUUUGAUGAGUGAACUCCGGGAUGACCUUGUCCUUGGAGAGGUCUUUGUCGAUGGCAUCGGUAUUCCACACCCUCAGCAUAGCCUGGCGACGCGAGACGAUGCGACGCGCCGCGAAUACCACCGAAUACGGAGGAGAUAUUUAUCGCAGUUUGGGUACCUGCCACCAUCAAAUCCGAGCAGUAGUCAAAUUAUAACGAAGGAAACAAUGUCAAAAGCUAUUACAGAUUUCCAAUCCUUUGCAGGAUUGAACGUCACAGGCUUCUUAGACAAUGAGACCAUUACACUCAUGUCAGCUCCUAGAUGUGGUGUCAAAGACAAAGUUGGUGCUAGCUCUGAUGGCAGGUCGAAACGUUAUGCUCUUCAAGGAUCGAGAUGGAGAGUGAAGAAAUUGACGUAUAAGAUAUCGAAAUACCCGACAUUAUUAGAAAAAAAAGUAGUAGAUAAAGAUAUUAGCCGAGCGUUUGCGGUGUGGUCAGAAUACACUGAUCUAACUUUCACUCAAAAAAGAUCCGGCCAAGUACACAUUGAGAUCAGAUUCGAGAGAGGCGAGCACGGGGAUGGUGAUCCCUUCGAUGGACCCGGUGGGACUCUUGCUCAUGCAUACUUCCCAGUGUACGGUGGUGAUGCCCACUUUGACGAAUCGGAACACUGGACAGUCAAUAGUUACCGGGGAACUAAUCUCUUUCAAGUGGCCGCUCACGAAUUUGGUCAUUCUCUGGGUUUGAGCCACAGCGAUAUAAAAUCAGCUCUGAUGGCACCCUUUUAUAGAGGAUACGAUCCGGAUUUUGUACUUGAUAGCGAUGACAUUCAAGGAAUUCAGGCCCUGUACGGAACUCGAACGUCGAAAAUCGGCGGUACCGAUACAAACGUUCAUCACAGAACUACUGCAUCACCAACUGGUGAGGAGGAUCAAGAAUUGUGUUCAGAUCCUAAAGUGGAUACUAUGUUCAAUUCUGCUGAUGGUAAUACUUAUGUCUUCAAGGGGGAUCAUUAUUGGAAAUUGACAUCUGACGGUGUGGCUAGUGGAUAUCCCCGGCCAAUUACCACUACCUGGAGAGGGCUGCCUGGCAAUAUAGAUGCGGCUUUCACCUACAAGAACGGAAAAACCUACUUUUUCAAAGGCUCCAAAUACUGGAGAUACGUUGGGGGUAGAAUGGAUGGUGACUAUCCAAAGGACAUUAGCGAGGGAUUCACUGGGAUUCCCGACAACAUUGAUGCAGCUACAGUAUGGACUGGUAAUGGUAAAAUCUACUUCUACAAAGGGACCAAAUUUUGGAGGUUCGAUCCCUCGCAGAAACCUCCGGUGAAGAGCACCUAUCCAAAACUCAUAUCAAAUUGGGAGGGAUUGCCCAACAAUGUUGAUGCAGCACUAACGUAUCACGGUUUCACGUAUUUUUUCAAGGACAAGGCGUACUACCGCUUUAAUGAUCGUACAUUUUCGGUUGAUAUUGCUGAUCCUGCAUUUCCAAGGGCGACUGCCUACUGGUGGUUUGGCUGUAGAUCAGCGAGUCGCGGAACGCUAGGUAAUAUCCAAUGGAAAAAUACUUAUCCCUAUCGAUCUGGCAAUCUGGAGGAGCACGGCGACGAUCUCAAUCACGACGAUGUUGACGACAUCGUUUUAGAUGCAGGUGAAACUGACGAACAGCUUGUUACAUCUUCCAACCAGGACUCUGUGAAUUCAAGCUCUAAAGGUUCAACGUUCAUAUAUAACACUCAAUCUUGCCGUUUACCUUUCUUUAUUAUUUUCUUAAUUAUCCUGCAGAGGUUUACGUUUAAAUUAACGUAAGGUAGCAUUCAAAGCAAUGCCAGUGCAUCAUAUAGAAAAGUGACUAUGCCAUGUUAUUGUGUCACUGGUUACCAUCACCAAGAAAAAUUCGCGAUUAUUUAAAAACCAUUAGAAAGAGAUAUAAAACAUUGUAUUUCCUAAGUUAUAUUUAUACUCGCAAGCAUCGUCAUAAUGUAAAAAUGCAAGAGGAGGAUCAUGCAUUUUAUUGUUAAUGUAUUGAAAUUUUAAUCUAAGUGACCGUUACACUGCCAAAUCAUGUGACGUGUUGCUUGUUACUAUGGUUAAAAUAUGGCUGAGGAGUGACCGAUGGACUGAAUGUGAUUGCCUUCGACCAACAAUAAUCAAGGGGGAAAAGAUGAAAAGAUGAAUUUGAAAAAAAGAGUCCCUCAUGUUCCCUACCCGAUUUCUCGAAAAACAUCUUUCAAUUUAAUAGACAUAGCGAGAUUUUUGUAAGGAUUAUUUUCGUAAUUUGCAUUUUAAACUAUAGAGGAAAUUUUGAGAGAAAUUUCGCUAUCUCUCAUCCAGUUUAAGAGAAUUUCGGGAAAAGAGUUACGUUACGUUACGUUUGACUAGUCGAUAAAAACGAUUAACCGCGAAUACAUGAUACAUUGUUAACCCCAAAUAUUGUGUCAUUAAAAAACGUCAGUUAAUUCGAUAAUAAUGAAUUUUUGGAAGUCUCCCACUUAUGAGAUUUAGUAGCGAAAUACAUAAAGUGGAUUUAAUCGAGAACUUAAUAUUUUAUAAUUAUUGAUUUAUAAUGAAAAGAUUGAAGAAAUUUUUCGUAUUUCAUGCAUAAAAAAAAAUUUUUUUUAUAGUUUCUCCUUAAAUCAAUAGUUUUUAUGAUUACUUGGUAUUUAAUGAAAUGACAAAAUUAUGCAUAUAUAACUUUAUAAAGUUGCUAAGAUUGCUACGAAUUUCUACGUGGUUAAUGAAUAAUAUAUUUAUCAUAGAAAUCAUUGAUGUAAAAUUAUGCAAAUUUUAUUAUUUAAUGAUGGAACAUCAAACAAUGUGUUGUAAUGAAGCGACCAAUAUAAUGGACACCCGAGUGUUUAAAAAAUAUUUUUGUAAAAUACAAAUUUCUGAUGAUACAUGAUACAUAAUAAAUUAUAUGCAAGAUAAAGCAUAUUCUUUUCUAUUGAUUGAUUCCAUAUUGUUUUUGUAUGAGAUGGAUGAAAAAAUUCAAUGAGCAUUGAUUUUUCUAUUUGAUUUUUUCACACGAAUAACUUGGUCGUCAGGAAUUAUCCAUUGAAUCAAGUAUUGAUUGACAGUUUUUUUUUAUUACCAAGAAGAAUUAAUGCACUCGACAUUUACUCAUCUAGUAAAAUUUCAAUUGUCUACCUAAGUACUUAUUAAUGAUUGAAUUCAUUGAUGCUUUGAAAUCGAUAA